UCUAUAGUGUCAGCAACGAUUCUCAUUGGCUGAGCCUUCGCAGGAGUGGAUGAAAGAGCGGAGAGAAGAGAGAAGAGAGAGAGAGAGAAGCGGCGUGAGAGAGCAUAAGAAGAUGUAACUGUUAUAACUGCCACAGCAUUUUGGUAAAAGGGAAGAAUGGAGUAAGGGGGGGCACAAGCACACACAAAGACAGAAUAUGAAAGAAAGCUAGAUUUUGGAUUCAUCAGAGUGAAGCGCAUUGGACCAAGAAGAACACUUGCUGCUAGGACUGUUUACAUCAACAGGAAGAACAAGACCAAUAUUACCUGAAUGGGCACACCUCAGCAAAUCUCUGCCGGAUCUCUACUACUCUGCAAUUAAUCUGAUUUCUCUUUGAAUCUGAUGGCGAAUGACCCCCCACUUCCACAUUCAGUCUGCAUGGAGAAGCAUCAUCUCUUUUAAAUGUGCCUAUCCCCCCAAGGUACCGGACCACCCCUGCGCCCAACCUUGACAGACCACCGUGCGGUUCUGAAAUGGUGUGACUGGCAGGGCAGUUGCUGACUCUAGAACAGGGUCAAGAUGCCAGUGAUGAAGGGGCUUCUGGCCCCCCAGAAUACCUUUCUGGACACCAUUGCCACCCGCUUCGACGGCACCCACAGCAACUUCCUGCUGGGCAAUGCACAGGGUCACCGUGGCUACCCCAUUGUCUACUGCUCGGAUGGCUUCUGCGAAUUGACGGGCUUCGUGCGCACCGAGGUGAUGCAGAAGAACUGCAGCUGCCGUUUCUUAUACGGGGCUGACACCAGCGAGCAUGUGGCCCAGCAGAUGGAGAAGGCUCUGGAGGGCAAGGAGGAGUAUCAGUCCGAGAUCCGCUUCUACAAGAAAAAUGGGAUGGCCUUCUGGUGCCUGCUUGACAUUGUGCCCAUUAAGAAUGAGAAGGGGGAGAUGGUGCUUUUCCUAUUCUCAUUCAAGGACAUCACUGACACACACGGCAAAGGUCACCACAGCAGCAAAAAAGAAGUUUCUGAGGACAAGAGGCAGAGAAGAAAGAGUGGCAGCUCUCAUUUCAGUGAAGCAAGGAAGCGUGGCCGGACUGUGCUGUACCAUCUUACCAGUCAGUUCUCUAGGGGAGGCAAGAGAGAAGUCAACCUGGGAAGUAACAUGUUUGAGAAGCCUUCUCUCCCAGAGUACAAGGUAGCAGCAGUGAAGAAGUCUCGCUUCAUCCUGCUCCACUAUAGUGUCUCCAAGGCUUUGUGGGAUUGGAUGAUCCUACUGGCCACCUUCUACGUGGCUGUUACAGUGCCCUAUAAUGUCUGCUUCACGCCUUAUGACGAGCUGGACAAUGCGGCACGCUCCACCAUCGUCAGUGACAUUGCUGUGGAGAUGCUCUUCAUCCUGGACAUCAUCCUUAACUUCCGCACCUCCUUCGUCAGCCAGUCGGGUCAGGUGGAGUAUGAAUCACGCUCCAUCUGCCUCCACUACGCCACCACCUGGUUUUUUGUUGACCUGGUGGCAGCAUUGCCCUUUGACCUCCUCUACGCCUUCAACAUCACUGUGACCUCCCUGGUCCAUCUGCUGAAGACAGUGCGUCUGCUGCGCCUGCUGCGCCUGCUCCAGAAGCUGGACCGCUACUCCCAGUACAGCGCCAUGGUGCUCACCCUGCUCAUGUCCAUGUUUGCUCUCCUGGCCCACUGGAUGGCCUGCAUCUGGUACAUCAUCGGACGGAAGGAGAUGGAAAACAACGACCCUGACACCUGGGACAUUGGGUGGCUCCAUGAGCUGGGGAAGCGUCUGGAGACUCCGUACGCCAACAGCACGGUGGGCGGGCCCUCGGUGCGCAGCUCCUACAUCGCCGCCCUCUACUUCACCCUCAGCAGCCUCACCAGUGUGGGCUUCGGCAACGUCUGCGCCAACACAGACGCCGAAAAGAUAUUUUCCAUCUGCACCAUGCUGAUUGGGGCAUUGAUGCAUGCGGUGGUUUUUGGAAACGUGACAGCAAUUAUCCAACGCAUGUAUUCUCGCCGUUCACUCUACCACACACGCAUGAAGGACCUGAAGGACUUCAUACGUGUGCACCGCCUUCCCCAGCAACUAAAACAACGUAUGCUGGAGUACUUUCAGACCACCUGGUCCGUCAACAAUGGCAUUGAUGCAAAUGAGCUCCUCCACGACUUCCCAGACGAGCUGCGGGCGGACAUCGCCAUGCACCUAAACAAGGACAUCCUCCAGCUGCCCGUGUUUGAGGGGGCCAGCCGUGGGUGCCUGCGCUCCCUCUCCCUGCACAUCAAGACCUCCUUCUGCGCGCCGGGGGAGUACCUCAUCCGCCAGGGGGACGCGCUCCACGCCAACUACUUUGUCUGCUCUGGCUCCCUGGAGGUGCUGAAGGACAGCAUGGUGUUGGCCAUACUGGGGAAGGGAGAUCUGAUUGGUUCAGAUUUACCAGACACAGAUCAAGUGAUCAAAACAAACGCAGACGUGAAAGCGUUGACCUACUGUGACCUGCAGUACAUCAGUGUCAGGGCUCUGAGGGAGGUUCUGGAGCUGUACCCUGAAUACGCCAGCCUGUUCACCGCAGACAUUCACCAGAACCUCACCUACAACCUGAGGGAGGGCAGCGAGGCUGAGGGCCUCACUAGGUUCUCAAAGUCACCCAGACUUCCACACACCACCAGAGCUUCAACCGAACACAAGCUGCCCUCCAUAAUAGAGACCAAAGGAGACGAUCCAGACGACUACUUCCACCCCUCCCCAGGGUCUCGCUCUCGACGCAACCUCCUCCUGCCCAGUCUGAGCAGUCCCGUUCGCCGCACCUCACUGGGUAACCUGCUGGGCGACGAGCUUCGCCAGUUCAAUGCCCUGCGACGCUGCCGCUCCCCCAACCUGAGCCGUGGCCUCCGGGGCCAGAGUCUGUCCCCCCAGUCAGCCCCCAAGAAGGAGCACUGCACCCCCACUGCGGUCUCCUCUGCCAGUCCCCCAGCUCCAUCAGGGGAGUCUGGGAGUGGGAAGAAGCCCACCAAGCUUCUGAUCCCCAAAUUCAGCUGCUUCGGGCCCCCGGACCUCAGUCCCAGGGUUGUUGAUGGUAUCGAAGACAAUGGACAGACUUUCCUCUUCAACGUAGAGCAGAGCGAGCCCAAGGCAAGCACAGAGGGCGGUCUUGCUCAAGACUCCAGGCAGGUGAAUGCCACCCUGCUCCUGGAGACAGAGGAAGUCCGACAGAGCAUCAAUCAACUCAACCAAAAGAUGGGCAAUUUGAACCAGGAAGUGUCACAGCUGACCAAGGACCUCCAUCACAUGAUGCACCUUCUCCAGGCCCAUGUGGCUGUGAACCACUACACUGCCUCCCUGUCCUCCUACCCCUACGGUGUCCACAUGGUCUCCAAUCCCACCUCAGCCAGCAGCGGCAUGGCCUAUAACUUGGCACCAAGCCUGCACCUUCACCAUGACGCCGGAAGCCUGGAGGGACAAAGCCACCACAGCCAUCACCCUGGAGAGCAGUGGAUCUACAGUGGAACACCAGGGGGUGCCGACUCCGGUAGUACCCAGCCAGAGGGACACUACCAGCCCCAAUCUUCCAGCCCAAGGCUCUUCUACCAGCCCCAUGUCAUAGACUCCACACCCAGAGAAGGCCCCUGCCAAAGCUCCGGUUGCUUUACGCCACACCAUUGGACAAGCCCCUCCUCACAUAGCCCAGAUUUCCAGGAUUGCAGCCCUGGUCCAGAUCCUCUGACUGGGCUUGAAGACCCAGAAGAUAUGGCUUUGGGUGCUACUCCAGUUGGCAUUAGCCAGUCCCAUCAUAACUUGUGUCUCCAGCCCCCCAGUGGCAGUGGCGAUUACUUGCCUUUCCCUCCCACGUCUGCCCAUAGUCUCCUGGAGUCCUCGCCCAGCUCCAGCCCCUACCUUUACCUGCCUUCUAAAACACACCUGCAACCCCCCAGGCCCACGCACCGGAUGGAUAUUUCCACCGUUAGCUCGGACUGUCUAGGUCAUGACCUCACUCACCAGGAUACAACCAGUCUCAUGCUGGAGGACACCCACCUCUCCAUUCACCCCGUCCCUGCAUCUCCCCCCUCCUUCCUGGGGCCGUCCUCAGUCUGCUUCCAGGACUUAGGGUCUGACGGCUGUGAUGCCAACCUUCCCCUGGGGGAAUCAACAUCUGUGGGACAUACCAGUCUGGAGUGCCUUUUGGGUAAUGGGGGGUCCACCGAGAGCCGGGACAGUGCGAGUCCAUCAUCUCGGAGAUCGAGCAUUGGUGUUCAGACUCAAAGCACAGAGCAGUCUUGGUGUCUGGACCUGACAGACUAGAUUGUAUGGUUAUAUGCUGGUCACCACAAUUACAUUGUCUGUCUAUAGGGAGUUUCAAUUCAGUUCACUGAACAAUUUAGUUCAGUUUGAAGUGACUGCACUGUAUUCUUAUGUAUGGUGUGUUUUGCCCCGUUUUGGGGGAUAUAAUAUCUGACAAAAUCUGUGCAAUUACUGCAAUACUAUGCAACAGCAUGUCAUUUGUGCAUUACUUUGGCUUUGUUAAAGUGUGCUUUGAAUUUUUCUCAUUUCAAAUACUAUUUUGUCUUUCAUGAGGCCAGUCAGGAUAGUUUUUAAUAUCAAUGUUGAGAAAACAUUUCAAGUUAGAAGUAUUUUUUAUGAAUAGCUGGAAACAGGAAUGUUUUGAUGCUAAGUUGGAGAGUAGUUCUUACAUAACCUUAUUGACUGAAACCCCCACAACUAACAGCAGUAGUAAGCAGUUCUCAUAAACACACUAUGUCACACAGGUAUAACAUUUUGUAAAUUAGUAACAGAUUUGAAGCCAUGUCUACAUAAUGUACAUUGUGCAACCAAAAUGUAUUCAAGUUAAGAAAAUGUUAUUUUCUUAUCUAUUUAGUGAAUCUUUUAUAAAAGAGAGAAAUCUGUCAAGGCAUUAUAAGGCAUCAUUAAGAAGCCAGAUCCUGUUAUACACUUAUUGUCAUAAAAUUGUUAAUGAUGCAAGAUUUAUUUAUGUAUUUGCCUAAUAUUUAUUUAUCAAAGACUACCAGAGGCAUUACUGUAACUAAAAUAUUAAGUUAUUACAACUUAGUGUAAUGUUUAAGUGGAAGUGGUUGGAUAUCAUGAGGUUUGAUCCCUUAUGAAUACAAUAAAUUAUAGUUAUCUAUAUUUACCCAAAUUUGAGGUAAGUAUACAAUAUGUUUACCCUGUUCCACCUUAGCAUGGCAUAAUGCACAACAUACAUUAUGUGAGAUUUUUUGAAAUGUAAAUAAGUGGAAAAAGUAGACAAAUAAAUUGUCUACCUUCGCAUCAACAGUCUAGCAAUGUGUUCUGUUAAGAACUGUGUAUUGCAUUUUUUUUAAACUCUGAAGUGAAAUAAUUGUACAUAAACUUGAGGAGUUUGCUGUUGAUAUUAUACCCGUUACCUUCUUGCAUGGUAAAUUAGCUCACUCUUUUUCCUAAGGAAAAGGUAUCUGGUAUUUGCAUGACUGAUUGAGACAGACUGAUUAAUAUGGUUGGACGUUGUUACCUACAGUGUACCAAUGUAGCAAAAAUGUAACAACAUCAAUAUACAUAC